AUCAAGUCCACAGUGGCAACAAUGAGGGGGAGUUCAGUGGGGUUGUGCUUCCUUGCUUUGAUUAUAGCCCAUGUCACUGAGAUCCAAGCCAGAUUGGUCCGUAACCAUGUGAGCAGCAUCUGUAGCACAUGGGGCAGGGAGCACUUCAAGACGUUCGAUGGUGAUGUGUACCAGUUUCCUGGCAUGUGUGAAUACAACCUGGUCUCCGACUGCCAUGACACCUUCCCAGAGUUCUCUGUGCACAUGAAGAGGAAUGAAAACGAUGGAAACCCGACAGUCAGUUAUGUGGUGGUCACCAUCACCGAUUUUGCAUUUCACCUCAGCAAGGAUGUGGUCACUGUGAACGACCUGCCUGUCAAACUGCCACACUACGAGGCUGGAGUACAAGUGGAAAGAAAUGCAGUCUACAUCAAGCUCCAGUCCAAAGUUGGCAUCAUUGUCAUGUGGAACCUUGAUGAUGCAGUCAUGGUGGAAAUUGAUAAUGAUUACACUAACCGCACUUGUGGACUUUGUGGAGAUUUUAAUGGUGUUCCAGUUUACAAUGAGUUCCUCCUUGAUGGUCGGAAAAUCAGCCCCAUUGAGUUUGGCAACAUACAUAAAGUCCAUCGUCCAAAUGAUGAUUGUGAGGACCCAUAUGAAGAGGAAGAUGUCUCACAGGAAGCUAUGAAUGUGCCAGAGUCAUGCAAAGAGUUUCAAAACACCUGUGAAGAGAUGCUGCAUGCAGAAACCUGGAGCUCCUGUACCAAACUGAUUGACCCCGAGCCUUACAUUCAGGCCUGUGUGCAGGACAUGUGUGGCUGUACCAACCAUUCAGAUGACUUUUGUGUCUGCAGCACACUCUCUGAGUUCUCUCGACAGUGUUCCCAUGCAGGAGGGGAGCCUCCCAACUGGAGGACUUCUGAGUUCUGUGCCAUACAGUGCCCAUUCAACAUGGUUUAUGAAGAGAGUGGAUCCCCUUGUGUGGAUACCUGCACGCAUCAAGACACAAGCUCAUUCUGUGAGGACCACAAAAUGGACGGCUGCUUCUGUCCUCCUGGAACCGUGUUCGAUGACAUUUCCAUGAGGGGGUGUAUUGCUCAGUCUGAAUGCCAGUGCAAGCAUGGAAAAAUCUAUGAAUCUGGUGAAGUUUACAGACAGGAGCGAGAGGAAUGCACGUGUUUUGAAGGUAGAUGGGCUUGUGAAAGUCUUUCAACACCUUCUACAUGUGCAGUUGAAGAAGGUUCACAUGUAACCACCUUUGAUGGGAAAGACUUCACCUUCCAUGGAGACUGUUACUACACCCUGGCAAAGGUGGAAAGAAAGGAUGAUGCAAGCCCUACGUUUACCAUUCUGGUCAAACUGGUACCAUGUGCACACCAAGAGUAUGACACCUGUCUGAAGACCAUCAAAAUCCUGCUGAACAAUGACAGACACAAUGUGUUAACAUUCACUGCUGAUGGCGCAGUAAAGCAGAAUAUGCAGAGUAUCAGUUUGCCGUACUUCUCAGGGGAUAUCAGUAUAUUCCACGCUUCGUCCUUUCACAUCAUCCUCCAGACCAGUUUUGGUUUGCAAAUUCAGAUCCAACAUGUGCCUCUCAUGCAAGUCUAUGUCAGCCUGGAGCAGAGCUACAGAGAAAAGACACGUGGUUUAUGUGGGAACUACAACAUGGUCCUGUCUGAUGACAUGAACACUCGUCAGGGCAUUGUGGAGGGAAGUGCAGCAGCUUUUAGUAACUCCUGGAAGGCUAGCCAUAUAUGCCAAGACAGAGAAGACAGACUCGAUGACCCUUGUUCUUUCAGCGUGGAAAAUGAAAAGUAUGCCAAUCACUGGUGCGCCUUGCUACGACAGCCAAAUAGCACCUUUGCAGAGUGCCAUUCUGUUGUGGAUCCUGAGAUUUACUACAAGCGAUGUACUUAUGCUAGCUGUAACUGUGAGAAGAGCGAGGACUGCCUGUGUGCUGUCUUCUCCUCCUACACAAGAGCUUGCGCAUCAAAGGGAGUGUUCUUGACAGACUGGAGAGAGAAUGUGUGCGAAAAAUACACCAAGAACUGCCCAGCAUCUCAGACCUUCUCUUACAAAAAUCAGAGAUGCCAGCUGACUUGCAGCUCAUUGAGCUUAAAGCAGCAGAGCUGCACCUCUGAUUUCUUGCCUGUGGAUGGCUGUUCCUGCGCUGAGGGUCACUACCUAGAUGACAACGGCAUCUGUGUCCCAGUGGCAAAGUGUCCCUGUUACCAUAAUGAAGUCUACGUAAAGUCAGGCAAGUCCAUCAGCACCAACAACGAGCGCUGCAUAUGCACCAACGGAGUUCUUCAUUGCCAUUCUGGGAGAACCCGCAUGUCAAUUUCUACAGCUUGUCCUUCUCCAAAAGAAUACUUCAACUGCUCCACUGCAAGCGCAGGAGUUGUUGGAGUGCAGUGUGCUCGAACUUGUUUAAAUCUGGACAAUGAUGAUUGUGAUGCCACAGAGUGUGAAUCUGGUUGUCGGUGUCCCAGUGGCCUCCUUGAUGAUGGUAAAGGUUUCUGUGUGAAAGAAAGUGACUGUCCAUGCAAACAUGAUGGCCAUCUCUAUGUCUCCGGGACACAAAUACCUAAUCAGUGCAAUACCUGUACCUGCCAAAGUGGAAAAUGGACAUGCUCUGAGAAAAAAUGUCCAGGAACUUGCAUUAUUUAUGGAAGUGGUCACUACACCACAUUUGAUCAGAAAACAUAUGCAUUUCAAGGACAGUGUGGCUAUAUUGCUGUAAAGAACAACUGUGGGAAUAAAACGGUGCACAACAGCUUUGGAGUUAUCACUGAAAAUGUACCUUGUGGCUCUACGGGCACCACCUGCUCUAAAAAAGUCAGAAUUCAACUGGGGAGAAAUGAAAUUAAACUAUCAAAGGGAAGAGUUGAAGAGGAUGAUCUGGGACAUGGACCUCAGAUCGAGUACAAGAUAAGGAACGUUGGCUUGUAUGUGGUUGUAGAAUCUGAGAUUGGGAUGGCAGUGAUGUGGGAUCGUAAAACAGCUGUUCGGAUCCUGCUUGAACCAACGCACAGCGGAGAGGUGUGUGGCCUGUGUGGUAAUUUCGAUGGUGAUGGACAGAAUGACUACACCACUCAGGGUCAGCUGGUGGUGAGCAAUCCACUUGAGUUUGCAAACAGCUGGAAAGUGUCUAGCUCUUGUCCAGAUGCGGAGGUGAACAUUGAUCCGUGCGCAGUAACACCCGGUCGACAUCAGUGGGCAAAAUUGAUGUGUAGCAUCAUAAUUGGAGUAACAUUUAAAGAAUGCCACAAAAAGGUUAGCCCUUUUCCAUUUUAUGAAAACUGCGUAAAAGACUCAUGUGCCUGCGACACUGGAGGAGACUGUGAAUGUUUCUGCACAGCAGUUGCAGCUUACGCUCAGGCUUGCAAUGAGCAUGAUGUUUGCAUUGCAUGGAGAACUCCAGAGAUCUGUCCUGUCUAUUGUGAUUACUACAACGACCCAUUUAUAUGCACGUGGCACUAUAACCCUUGCCACUCUCCAUGCUACAAGACCUGUUUGAAUCCAGAAGGUGUAUGUUUGAAUCCGAUACCCACCCUGGAAGGCUGUUACCCUGUAUGCCCAGAAGAUAAGCCCAUAUUUGAUGAGAAAAACAAAACAUGUGUGGAUGUAUGUGAGCCAACUACGACAAUACCUCCAACUACCACAACCACUCCUACUACAACAACUACGACUACACCUACUACAACUACUCCUCCUACUACAACUACACUUUCACCUCCGACAACCACAAGUACAACUACAGCCACACCUCCUACUACAACAACUACGACUACACCUACUACA